GACAACAGCUUUAAUUUUAGUAUAGACAUGUACAGAAGAUCAUCUGUUCACUGUCUCUUCUUUCCCCUCCUUUUCGUGUGAGAGAGAGUUCGUUGUUCCUCUCUUUUCUCCAGUUACCGUUCUACCUUCACUUUUUCACACCAUUAUCUUCUUCUUAUUCUUCUUUCUUCUUCCCAUUGUCUUUGCUUUUUGUUUUGGAAUUCUGAUUUUCCAAGGAGCCAAGAAGAAGGAUUGCUCUUUCUUCGGUUAUACUCUUGGAGACUUUUUUAUCAAGUUUAGAGACAAUGAUUGUGUGUUGACACUCAUUCUUUCAUCACUUCUCCAACAACUACUUCAUAUUGCAGGGUUGUAGUCUGUGAAUGGGGCAAGAAUUGGAGUUGGAUCUGAACGACAAGUCUUCCGUUGGUCUUAGUCCCGAUACAGUUCUUCCAUCUCAGCAAUAUUGUUUAAAUGUGAAGAAAAUAUAUGAAAAUGGGAAACCCACUGGGAAAGAUGAUUUUUUGAAACUUAAAGAGAACUUUGCUGACAUCAAUUUUGGUAGGUCCCGUAAUUCUUCUUCACAUAAGAGCUUUCCCUUUAGAUCUCAUGGACUGGAAGGUAAUUUAGAAAUUAGAAAAGGUGCCAAGUAUGAGACUUCAGAGCAAGUUAUAAGUAUAAAGAAAAUGAGCACCAUGAGGGGAAGGAAAAAAAUAGAAAUUUCAUCUAGGAGUAGUGAUGCCUCUUUUUCGGGUAGUGUUGUUGAUUCUCUGUGUGGUUCAGAUUAUGAAAGUAUGGACGAGAGACCUUCAGUAAUAUAUCAGGACUCAAAUUUAGCUUCACCAUCACCAUCUGUUUCUGGUUCCUGGGCUGGAAUGGAGAACGACGCUUCAAAUGGCUAUAUUGAAUUUUGCUUACAUUCGGAUGUUUGGGAUGAAAAAUAUGGUGCUGUAGAAGGGAUUGGUUCUAUGAAUACAGAAAGCAUAGGUGACAAGGUUGCUUGUUCACUAAUCGAUGGUAAUUAUCAUCUUAAAAAUGAUUCAGUUCAUGGAUUUCAAAAGGCAGUCUCUUCUAUAGUUGAAAUCUCUCACAUGCAAUCUCCUUCUGAGAGUGACUGCUCUCCAAGAAUAAGUCCAAAAGUCUCACUCACCUCUAUGAGGAAAAGGUUAACUCCAUUCACAAAUUCGAAAACUUUGACUAGCCCAGUGAGUUCUGUGCUGGAAACUGAGGUCAAAUCAACUCGAACUAGAAAUUUUACAAGAAACAGGACUUAUCAGAGAUCUUUGUUAAAUGACUUCUCUAAGACAGCAAAACAAUCUGACAUUAUUUCUGAGUUUAUCAAUAGAGAUAUCCUGUUUUCAGGUCUGUCAUGUUCACCUGUUCAUCUUCAUGGCAAACUCAAAUUGAAAAACAAACAUGGACUGCCAGUUUUUGAGUUCAAGGUAAAGUGCCCUGAAGAUGUCUUUGUGGCAAAGACCUGGAAAUCAGACAAUGCUUUCAAUUGGGUGUAUACCUUUCACUCAAUGGAUAAUAGAAAGAAAAGUACGGCUUCUCACUUUGGAUCCCAUUAUUCUGACAAAGAUUCAUCAAUGGUAGCACAGAUGCUAGUUUCCUCUGAUUCAUGUUCGAAAUUAGGAGUUGGAAUGUUUGACAACUCUAUGGUGACAGAAUUUGUGUUGUUUGAUCUUGCACGCUCAAGAAAAAGUGUUUCGCCGGAAAAAAAGUCUUACAGCGAGCAAAAUUGUUCUGACACUCUAAAAGAUUCCCGUGUAGGAAUGAAGAGAGAAACCUUGAGACCAGACGAAGAAACUUUGGCAACUAAAAGCAAACCUAUAUCAAGCAAUGCGUGUUGUGACAAUUCAAAUUCUCAUCCUUUGUCAUCCACAGAAUUGUAUUCAAACCCUGAAAUGGCUGCCAUUGUUUUGCAAAUUCCUUUUCGCAAGAGAGAAAGCUUGAAAUGCGAAAGGAAUGAUAGAGUAAAGGAUGAAACGUAUUUCAAACAAAAUGAUAUCUCUUCAGAGCAGAGUAGAAAAAACCUUCACAACGGAAAAGUCCUAGAACAGGUGAAAGUGGUACUACCAACUGGCAACCAUGGCUUUCCAAGUUCUGAUAGCAAGGGUCCCUCAUCAUUACUCGAUCGAUGGAAACAUGGUGGAGGUUGUGAUUGUGGUGGCUGGGACAUGGCAUGUCCCCUCAUUCUUUUAGGCAACCCUGGUGUUCAAUUUGUAGAGGACAACCCUCUUAUGGAGGAACAUCAAACUCUGGAACUUUUCACUCAGGGAGUCAAAGAACGAACUCCUUCAUUUGGCAUGACGAUGGUUGAAGAGGGGCAAUAUGCAGUUGAUUUCCAUGCACAGUUAUCACCAUUACAAGCUUUCUCCAUUUGUGUGGCCAUUAUGCAUGGCACCUCCACCUUGGGUGGUGCGGGGCAGGAGAAAAGGCAAGAGAUUUCUCGAUGCAAUUCAUUGAAAACGCUUCUUGAGGAGGAGGUAGAGUUAUUGAUGAACUCAGUGACCAAAGGUGAGAAAAAGAAUGUGUGCAAGAUUCCUAAAGGAAUUCCUCGAUCCUAUGUGCCAAACCCACCUUUUUCUCCUGUUGCUCGUGUAUAAAAGUGUAAACACUCGAUCCAAGUGAGAUAUUUCUGCGAUCUUUGAGUCCAUUAUUUAAGCCAUUGCAAUUGCUGGCAUGACCUUGGAGUUGGAAGCAAGUGCGUGCAAGGCCAUGCAGAGAACAGGAUUUACAAGAAUAUAAGUAGAAGGUGCAACAUUCUCUGCUUCUGCUUAUUUGAACUGGGUCUGGGUCAUUGCUCAUGAUGUCAAAAACAUAUACACAGUGUCACCCACAAUGAAGAAAAUGUGAAUCAUAGUUUGUAACACCAAAUAGAACAGAAUAUUGUCCAUAUUGUAAGGGAUAAAAGAGGGUAUAGGAUAGAAAAUGGUUGUAGUCUUCAUUCCAGUCCUUUCUGUAUGUAAACAUUCAGAAACCAAAUCACACUGGAAAUCAAUCUAUUAAUUUGUUUAAUAAAACUUCUCAAUGCU